CUUUUCUUGAAAUUCAAAAACUGUCUACUUAUCUAAAUUAAAAAGAUAAUCAUGAAGUUCGGCUCAAUUUUGAUUACUGUCGCUGCUGCUGCAUUAUGCUUGGUUGAUAUGACGUCUGCUUCCCCUGUUGGAGCUCUUCAACGUCGUGCCACAGAUAAUAAUAAAGUUAUUGUGGGCUACUUUCCCAAUUGGCUUUACGGACGUUAUACGCCGUCGAUGAUUGAUUUCUCAAAAUAUACUCAUAUCUACUACGCUUUUGCUAUCCAAAACACAGCAACUACGCCCACAUGGUCAGAUUCUGGUUUAUUUGACGAUUAUGUCCAAUAUGGUUUCCCCAAGCUUGUUUCUUUAGCCCAUGCUGCCGGUACCAAGGUGACUGUGAGUGUCGGUGGUUGGUCUGGAUCCACCCAGUUUUCUACCAUGGCUGCUUCUGCUAGUAAUCGUGCUGCCUGGAUUAAAUGGAAUGUUGAUUUCAUCACUAAAUACGGUACUGAUGGUGUCGAUAUCGAUUGGGAGUAUCCCGACAAUAUUGGUGCUGGCUGUAAUGCCGUCAAUGCGAACGAUGUGCCCAAUCUUCAAACCCUUGUGAAAGAACUGCGUGCGGCCCUUGACAAAGCCUUCCCCAAUAACUAUAAGGAAAUUACUAUGGCUGUUCACAUUACUCCCUUCGGCGGUCAGACACCUGUCACUGAUGUUUCUGGAUUUGUCCCUUACGUCGAUCGUUUCCACGUGAUGUCGUUUGACGUCAAUGGUGCCUGGAACUCUACGAGUGGCCCUAAUGCUCCUUUCCAUAAUCAACCCGGUUACGGCUACCCUGCAGGCUUUGUGGAAGGUAUUGAAAGCUGGAAAUCAGCGGGUGUCCCCUAUAACAAGUUAGCAGGUGGUAUUGCUUUUUACGGCCGGGCGCAAACACUGACAGUGACUUCUGAUCCCACAACCCAGUACAACCCUGCUGUUUCUCCCAACCCUCCAUUGGGUGACUCUUUGGAUGGUCCUUGGCAAGAUGCCUACUGCUCCAAGGAUACGACGGUGGCUUCUGGCGUCUGGAGAUGGACCAACAUGCGUUCCCAAGGUCUCUUGACAUCCCCCACAACCGCUGCUUCUCCUUGGGUGCGUCAUUUUGACAACAUCACUCAGACCCCUUGGUUAUAUAACCCUACCAACAAGCAAUUCAUUUCCUACGAUGAUCCUGUCUCCCUCGGCGUCAAGACAAACUGGGCAAAGAGCGUGGGCUUAGCCGGCUUAUUCGUUUGGUCGGUUGAGCAAGAUAAUGGCGAGCUUUUGAAUGCUAUUGCUCCUAUGAUUGCCGGUAAUACGAAGCCUACGCCUACCACAACUACUGCUUCUUCAACCCCUACUGGUUCUGCUACUAUUACAUCGAGCGCUACCCCUACUUCUGGAACCGGCAAUGGAUGUGGUGGUGUUGCUGCUUGGUCGGCCUCUACCGCUUACAAUGGUGGUGCGACUGUUUCUUACAAUGGAAACGUAUACCAAGCUCAAUGGUGGACUCAAGGUGAAACUCCUGGAGCAAGCGCUAAUUCUUACUACGUCUGGAAGCUUGUUAAGGCUUGUUAAAUUAUUUUGCCCAUAGUAUAGUCAUCUCUAUUACUAUAUAUUUAUUUAUUCUUCAAUCUAUCUGUAAACCAUAUUAUAACUGUGAUUCCAACCUUUUCUGUCAGAAUAAUAAAAAAAAAAAAAAUAAAAAAAUAACGUGU